UAAGCUGCGCCCAAAAAUUGGCUGUAUAAAAGUCGUCGAAUUUCCUAAAACGGUUUACAAAUAUUUGAAGAAUUCUUUGGGUGUCUGUCUGUUCACCCACCGUCAGCAACGCAGAAGUGUGCAUUUGUGCGUUGGUGGUGUUUCGUUGUCGCACACAUUUUUCACGCUCAGGGGUGUGACUGACAGUUUCGAUUUUUUUCUCGUUUCCUUUUGCCAACGCACCGCUGCUGUGCGUAACAAGCCGAGCAACAACAAAACAGAAAAAAUACAGCAAAAGAAAAGUACAACGCUGAUUGCAACUAAAAACCAGUGUAGACCUGAUAUAUUGUGCAGAAAAAGAAACUAAAAAGUGUUAGCAAAAUAAAAAAAACAAAAAAAUUUGUGAAAAAGUCGGCGAUGUUUGAGCGCGUGUGUUAUGUCCACCAAAACGCAACGAUUUGCAGCCGAAAAAGCAGCGAACACAGCUAAUUGCGUUGUGUCUGCGCCAGAGACGUUAGUUGUAUACUCGAAUAUCGUUGCAUACUUUUUGGCGCAUGGUGAAUUGUACCCAGGCAAAGCGUAUUGACAAAUUUGGAUAAUAUUUGUAUAAAACAACUAUAAAACAUUAAAAAAAUAAAACAACAUAAAAAUAAGAAUUGAAAAUCAACUAAACAUUCGUAGAAAACAAAAGCAAGAAUUAAUAAAAAAAAAAUAACAGUACAUUGUGACUCCGCCAGUGUGUGUGGUGAAAAUCGUGUAAACACGAAAAUUUGUGAAUAAACCAACAAUAAUAAUAACAACCAGCAAGCAUUGUACAGAAAUGUUAGACUCUAGUAAAGUCAGUCUUGGCCUGUUGGCCUUAACUGUCAUCUGUGCGACAAAUUGCCCAAAUGUACAGGCCGCCUCACCGCGUUGGGAGCCACAAAUCGCGGUGCUCUGCGAAGCUGGCCAAGUAUUCCAACCGCAAUACCUCUCCGAAGAGGGACGCUGGGUAACGGAUUUGAAUAAGAAGACAUCGGGCGCCACAUGCUUGCGCGACAAAAUGGACUUACUGGACUACUGCAAAAAGGCUUAUCCGAAUCGUGACAUCACUAAUAUUGUUGAAUCUUCGCAUUAUCAGAAAAUCGGCGGCUGGUGUCGUCAGGGCGCUUUGAAUUCGGCAAAAUGCAAAGGGGCACAUCGUUGGAUCAAACCUUUCCGUUGCUUGGAAGGACCAUUCCAAUCGGAUGCCCUACUCGUGCCCGAAGGUUGCCUCUUCGAUCACAUCCACAAUGCCUCACGUUGCUGGCCAUUCGUUAGAUGGAAUCAGACUGGCGCCGCCGCUUGCCAGGAGCGCGGCAUGCAAAUGCGCAGCUUCGCCAUGUUGCUGCCCUGUGGUAUUUCAUUGUUCUCGGGUGUGGAAUUCGUUUGCUGUCCGAAACAUUUCAAAACCGAUGAGAUUCGCGUGAAGAAGACCGACCUACCCGUUAUCGCCCCAGCUGAGAUUACCAACAGCAACGUGGACGUGACUAACGAUGAUGACAAUGACUCUAACUACUCCAAGGAUGUCGGCACCGAUGAUGAUCUCGACGAUGAAGAUGAUCUGAUGGGCGAUGAUGAAGAGGACGAAAUGGUCGCCGAUGAGGCAGCUGCUGGUGAGGCGAAUAGCUCUAAUGCCGACGACUUGAAUGGUGAAUAUGAUUCCGGCGAGGACUUGGACAACUAUGAGGAGGAUGGUGGCGGUGCAGCUGAAGAGCAGUCGGACAGCUGGGAUUUGCAGAAUGGUAGCUCAAGCGGCGCGAAACCAGCGGCGGUGAAGUCCAACGCAGAUGAGGGUGGUGCAAAGGGCAAAUUGGGUGUUGAGUUGGUGGUUAAGGGCGCAGCUGGCAUGAUGGCUGACGCGCCAGCCGCAUCCACAGCACAACAACAGCAGCAGCAGCAGCAAUUCCCCACAGCGCCAUCCACUAGCCAGCCCACCGUCGAUCCAUACUUCACCCACUUCGAUCCGCACUACGAGCAUCAGAGCUACAAAGUAAGUCAAAAAGAAGCCCAACAGCGCCUCGAGGAAUCGCAUCGCGAGAAGGUCACACGUGUCAUGAAGGACUGGUCCGAUUUGGAGGAGAAGUACCAGGAUAUGCGCAUGGCCGAUCCCAAGCAAGCACAGACAUUCAAGCAACGUAUGACAGCACGCUUCCAGACUUCUGUUCAGGCACUCGAAGAGGAAGGCAACGCCGAGAAGCAUCAGUUGGCUGCCAUGCAUCAGCAACGCGUAUUGGCCCACAUCAAUCAGCGCAAACGUGAAGCGAUGACCUGCUACACUCAAGCGCUCACCGAACAGCCACCAAAUGCUCAUCAUGUCGAAAAGUGUUUGCAGAAGCUCUUACGCGCCUUGCACAAGGAUCGCGCUCAUGCAUUAGCCCACUAUCGUCAUCUCUUGAACUCCGGCGGUCCAGGUGGUUUGGAAGCUGCCGCCUCAGAGCGACCACGCACAUUGGAACGUCUCAUCGACAUCGAUCGCGCCGUCAACCAAUCCAUGACCAUGUUGAAACGUUACCCCGAAUUGUCUGCCAAGAUUUCCCAAUUGAUGAACGACUACAUUUUGGCGCUCCGCAGUAAGGACGACAUACCCGGCUCAUCGUUGGGCAUGAGCGAAGAAGCGGAGGCCGCCAUUUUGGACAAAUACCGCGUUGAGAUCGAGCGUAAGGUAGCGGAGAAGGAACGUCUACGUUUGGCCGAGAAGCAGCGCAAGGAGCAACGCGCCGCUGAACGUGAGAAAUUGCGUGAAGAGAAGUUGCGCUUGGAGGCCAAGAAAGUUGAUGAGCUGCUGAAGUCGCAAGCCGAGCAAGAUGGCGGCGCCAGUGGUGCUGGCUCCUCUAUUUCAGGCUCCUCCUCCGCUGCAGCACUAGGUGACUCCAAGGUGAGCAGCAAAGAAAUGGGCCAGCUUACAGAUCCCACUAAAUUGGCGCAAAGCGAUAAGGACAGCACUGGCGGUGAGGAGUACGCCGAUGUCACUGUCAGCACCAAAACCCAAACCGUCCUGCCCACAGUCGACGAUGAUGCCGUACAGCGCGCCGUGGAGGAUGUAGCCGCCGCUGUCGCUCACCAAGAGGCUGAGCCACAGGUGCAACAUUUCAUGUCGCACGAUUUGGGUCAUCGCGAAUCGAGCUUCUCGCUGCGCCGCGAAUUCGCACAUACGCACGCGAACAAGGAGGGACGCAAUGUCUACUUCACUUUGUCCUUCGCCGGCGUUGCAUUGCUAGCGGCCAUCUUUGUUGGUGUCGCAGUGGCCAAAUGGAGAACAUCUCGCUCGCCACAUGCGCAAGGCUUCAUUGAAGUUGAUCAGAACGCCACCACACACCAUCCCGUUGUACCGGAGGAGAAAAUCGUGGCGAACAUGCAAAUUAACGGUUAUGAAAAUCCAACAUACAAAUAUUUCGAGGUGAAGGAGUAAAAGAAGCAACCAAAAACAUAUAAACUUAAUAAAAAAUAAUAAUAAAUUUGCAAAUAUUGUAAACGCACUCAACAACUCAGUAAACCCACUAAAGGAAGCGUAAGCCCCGCCCCUACCCCUAAAAAAAUAAGAAUAAAUAAACUCCCACUAUAAAAAGCCUGCUUUAUCAUCAUUACCCACUUAUACAUACAACUAAUAAUAAUACAACAAAUAAGUCAUACUGAAAAAAAACCAAAAAAACAACAACCACAAACCCGAGAAAUAUACAAACAACCAAAUUUUCCAAAAACAAAAGGGAAAAAUUGAAAAUAAUUUUAAGAAGAUAAAAUGAAAACAAAACGGAGCGCAGUUCCAACAUUACAUACAUAAAAAUGUGUGUAGAAAGAGUAGAAAGAGAGUGAAAGGGUAACAAAGGUAAAAGAAAUAAUAACUGUAAUAAAUGCAAAUAGUAAAAACGAACAAAUAGCGGAGCAGAAGCAAACCAUUAGAAGCUGAAGUAAAACUCAAAGCGCAAAACAAUUAGAUGAACUUUUGAAAUGUGAAGAGGACAUAAAAGAAAGAGAUUUUGAAAAUAAAAAGUGAGCUCAAAAACAAAGAUUUCAGCUCGAUAAAUGUACUCAAACUCACAAGAAACACAUACAGCAAUUUUCAUACACUCACCACUCACUAACAAACUCACCACCACCACCAAAAAUAUGCCAACACACUCACUCGAACUCCACACUCAAUCGAUGGAAGGAAUAACUCAAAAUAAUUCAGCAUUCUUUCAUACUCUACAUUACAAAAACAAAAAGUAUGUUGUUCUUGUUUAGAAAGUAUUAAUUAAAACCCAAAAAAUUAUGUGUAAUAAUAAAGAGUAACAAAAACUUAAAGUAAAAUGUAUUAAAAUUUAAGUAAAUAAAAGAUCAAGAGGAAAAAGCAAAUUAUUUUUAAGCAAAAAGUGGAAUUCGAAAUUUUGCAAAUGAAGUAGUGAGCAAAUCUUAUUUAACUUAAACAAAAAUCAUUUAUUGCGCCAAGAAAGUUCGAAAUAACAGUAAAGUGGUAAAAAGAGACAGUGAGUGUGCGUUGCUGUACUCAAAAGUGGGUGAAAAUAUCGCAAGAGCUGAGCUUAAAGCUUUCUAGUAGCUGGGACGAACGGGGAAGUGUAAAAUUGCAAGAGUUUUGAAGCAAGCAAAGAAAAAUAGAGAGAGGGGAGAGAGAUAGGGAGAAAGAGAUAGAAGGAAACAGGAGGUAAAGAACGUAAAACGUAUAAGAAAUUCUGAGAUCGGGUUUACUAAGAGAGACAGUUGUAUACAACUACUGAAAGAAUGGGGGGGAGAGAGAGUCAAUGCCAGAAUAACCAAUCAAAAGAAAUGUACAAAAACUAUUGAAUGAGAGGCGAGAAUUGAGUGCUUGUAAAAAUAAAAGAUACAAACUAAACGAGAUAGAAGCCAAGAACUUUAAACCGCACUUAAAGGGAAGAUCAAGAAAAACUUGCAAAAUGUAGACAAUAAGAGCUAUUGAAGACAGAGAAUUAGUUAGCGAAAAACCAAAAAUCUCUACAGUAAAAGAAAUAAUUUCGAAUUGAAAAAGGGGUUUCCUUAACACAAACAGCUUGAAAUGAAAUCUGAAGGAUAACACAACAACUGACAUAGCCACAUAGAAAGCUUUAAGCGCUUUUUUGUUAACUGUGAAAAAUAUUUAUUUGGAAGUUAAUAAGCAACUAAUAACAACUUAAGCUUGCAUUUCAAAUAAUUAUGAAAGCUCAGCAAUAGGCUGAUAAAAAGCUCAUAAAACAAUACCAUAACUCAGCAAUUAGUUGCUAAAAGGUUCUUAUAAGCACAUCGGUACGAACUUUGGCAACCAUAUUGAGAAAAAUUCAGCAUGAAAGCUUACAGCAAUCAUAAGCUUCCAUUGAUAAUGGCCCUUACAGUGCUUAAAGCUUUUCACAGUUAAUAAAGAAUUUCCACUCUCACGCCGUAAUAAUGGAUAUUUUCACACACAUACACGGGAAAGGAAAGUUUGCGAAAAUGAAAUGACUUUUGGCGAAUAAAAUUUAGAGAAUUAAGUGUUUUUUUUUUGUGAAAUGGAAAGGAAAUUUGAAAAGCUCUCCACACCUAUAAAUACAUAUAAUAUAUAAAAAGCAACUUUCACUCACUCUACUUCUAACAAAUAAAUACAACAAAAAUAACAAUCGCCUGCUUUUCAUUAAUCCCUUAAGACGCUGUAAGAAUGAAUAUGAUUAAACAAGUGUUUAGCAUUAGCUGGUUAAGAAUUCUCUAUAUAUCUAUAUAUACACAAAUAUAUGUAUAUAUAAAUGGAACGCAAAAGCUGAAGGUAAUGCAAUGAAGCGCAUAAAACAUGAGUACAUAAGUAUACAUACAUAACUAAAUAAAACGCCUGCUGCUAUUCUUAUACUCAAGACAUAGAAACACAUACAAAAAUCUAGAAUACAUGAAAAAACUACACAAGCAUACGAAAACAGAAGCUUGUUAAGUGAGAGCGAUUUGUAUGAACUUAAAAAAAGGCUUUGAAAUGUGCGGAGCAAAUGGGUGGUAAAAUGGAGUCAACAAUUGUCUAAAACGGCACAAUUAACUUAAAGAGCUUUCAGUACAAACUCUCAAUAUUAGGAGAUUCAAAUAUUCAUAGCAAAUGAGUGGUAAAAGAGUGUUGACAAUUACUUAAAAAAAUUAAUUAAAAGAGCUUUGAAGCUUUCAGUGCAAGCUCGCUAUAAUAAGAAAUUCAAAUGUUCGGAGCAAGUGAGUGAUAACUUAGAGUCGACAUGCCUAAAACGGCACAAUUACGUAAAAGGGCUUUCAAGCUUUCACUGCAAGCGCGCAAUAAUAAGAGAUGAAAGCUUUAAUUUUUGUCCAGAAAAUGUAUUUAUGCUACAAGAGUGAAAGUUUUCUAAGCUUUGAUAGCGCUUUUGAUAAAGUGAAUAGUUUUUAAAAGAACUGCUCAAACUUGUUUACAAAAAGAAGAAUUUCUGCAAGCUGCAGGCGCUUUUAUUUCAUUGAAAGUGCGAAAGCUUGUUAUUACAGUGCUUUUGAAGCGUACUUCUCUACACUUGCUGUUAUAAAACGAAAUUUUCGAAAGUUUCUUAAACUUUAACUUCAUUGAACGCUCGAAAGCUUCCUUGAAAGUGCGAAAGCUUGUUAGUAAUAAGCUUUUGAAGCACACUUCUUCAAACUCUCUGUUAUAAAACGAAAUUUUCGAAAGCUUCAUACACUUUUACUUCAUUGAAAGUGCAAAAGCUUGUUAGUAAAGAGCUUUUGAAGGACACUUUUCCAAACUCGCUGUUAUAAUAUAAAACGUCAAACCAUUUUGGUUGAGAUCAAUUUUGCACUACCAAAAAGCUCUAGCUGUAGAAAACAAGCGUUUUUUAGUUUUCAUUUAAUGGCUCCACCCACUGAUAAGCUCAAAUGGCGUCAGUUAGCGGUAUUACAGCGCGCAGAGAACCACUUAUCACGCGUUGCCUGCUGUUGUUAGCUGAUUACAGUGGUCACGCCCCAGUAAGGUGUCCACAAAUCAACGUUUAAAGUGAUAAGGCAAUACAAAGAAACGCCGUAACUUGAGAAGGCAAACAGACAUGCAUUUCCUUUACAACAAGAACGCAUUCAUAUCAAUUUUCAUAUUUCUAUUAUAUUAUUAAAUAAUUGUUUUUAGCAUUUAGUAUAUUUCAUUUAGUGUCUUAAUUAUAUAAUUUAAUGACUUUAACUUGAGAAAGACAGUUUUGAAGAUUUGUGCAAAUUUAAUCAGACACUAAAUCAACACUCGAAACUAAGGAAGCGCAUAAGUAAAUGAGAUAAAGUGAGUCGUUAUAGUAAAAACAAAAACUUAAAAAUAGUUUAAUUAAGUGUUUCAGUUUGUCUCUGAUACAUUUACAUACUACAUAUGUCUACAUUAUAAGGACUUGUUUACAGAUAUGUUAACUGUUUACUUAUUAGUUAAUUGAUGAAAAGCAUUUUUGCGUUGUACUUUAUAGAUAAUUUAAAUUUUAUUGAUGAAAUUGAUUACAUUUUGAAAAGUGAGGCCCAAGCAAGCAACAUAAACCAAUUGAGAAUUGUAAGCAUUAAAAACAUAACUGUUCAUGCAGGCGCGCUGCUUGCCAGUGCUCUCUUUCACUCGCUCACGCGCUGUGCGUAGCAGUUUAUGUGCGUGUGUUGAUCACUCAGCGCGUUCGCUGCAUUUCUAUGCGCGCUCACAACUUGCGCAUAUUUCACUCACUCUAACAAUAACCAAUGCGCCGUUAUAGCCUGCAAUUCUCAACCGCCUUAUGCGCUUCACAAAAAAUGCAAAAAUACUCCACUAACAAGCAGCCAGCAAUACACACACACACACUAAAACGGCAUACAAAAUAGCGAAGAACAACAACUCUACAACAAAUACCCUAUGCAUAAAUAUUGCUAAAAAAUUAUUUAUAAAUAAAACGAAACUAUAACUGCGAAACAACUACAAAUCCUUAACAAACGCGUAAAAUUCAAUGCAACUCUAAGCGUUUAAGUAAAGAAAUGCUAAGCAAACCAAAAACCUAGUCAAAGCUUAAAUAUUUUUCUGUUCAUUUAUUAUAGAGCAAACCAUAACACAUACACGCAUACAUACAUAUAUACAUAUAUAUUUAAAAUAUAUAGUAUACAACAACAUAUAUGAAAAAAAUAAAAAGCAAAACCAAACAAUAAUAAUAACAACAACCGCAACAAUUGAUAUUUACACUGACAAUUAGCGAAGAAAGAGAACAAAAGCGUAGAAAUAAAUUUAAAAAAUUUAUAAAGCGAACAUAAAAAUGCCUACAAACAGCUGAUGAAAUGAAGAAAUUGUAAGCAAAAACCCCGUCCUGCGUGAAUUAAACAUAAAAAAUAAAAAUACACUUAAAAAAAGCAAAUAAAAUAAAAAAAAAUUAAAGCAAAUAAAAGUGAAAGACACAAAUCAAACAAAUACAAAAAGGAAAAACAAAAAUAAAAAGAAAAAUUAAAGAAAAUAAAAAUGAAAAUAUAAAGAAAAAAUAUCAGCAAGUAAUUUAAAGUAAAACAUUUAAGUUGCGUAACAUACAGUGUGUAAGCUGUAUAAAAAAAUCUAAAAAAAAAAAUAAAUAAAUAAGUAUAAAAGCUCGCAACUGUUUAUCGACGUCGCUCGCCCUAACCCCAAAAACCAACAACUUUUAUUUGUCAUACAUGCUUCAAAUACAAAAAUUUAUGUUAUUUAAAAAAAAAAAUUAAAAUUAAAAAAGCAAAAAAAAUAAUUAAUAUUUAUUACGUGAAUCUUUUUUUCACUUUUUCGUUGUUUGCGCAACAAAAAUUCACACUGCAACAAAUACAUUUAUUAAAAACUUAAUUAUUAUAUAUUAUUGCAUAGAAAGUCAACAACAACAACCAAAAAUUAUAUAUAUAAAUUAAAUUUAAAGUAACAUUAAAACAAAAAAAAAAUAUUAUAUAUAUACAUAUAUAUGUGAAUGUACUCAAUGACAAUUGUAAUUGCAACAAUAAUUGUACGCUAAUAUAUUAUAUUUAAAGAAAACAACAACCACAUGAACAGUAACACUACAAAAAACGAGUCCACAACCAACAAUAGCUAAUGCAUGCCCAGCACCCCGAGCAGCAAGGAUAACCAAAACUACAGGAACAAAACAGGAAACGAAAAAACACACAAAAACAACAUUUAAUUUACAUUACAAACAGUUGGCAACCUUUUUUGCCAAAAACGUAGCCGAAAACCAACAUAUAAGCCAACACAUGCCACGUUGCAACAACAACAAGCAGCUAAUACCGACAAGAAAAUGUCAAUGUCCCUAAAUGUUAUAGAAUGCGACAAAAUUUGCAAAUACACUGAGAGAAAUUAUACACUUUUCUUUGUGCAAGUCCAUAUUUUCGAAAAUUUUCGAAAUUUUCUAACGUAAGCCAACCGACAACCGACAACCACUUCCACACCACACGCCCACUUGCAAGCGAGUCAGGCAAUCAACAGAAUUGCCCACUGUGCUCGCGCAUGUACUUGUAUGUAGUAUUUGUGUUUGUAAUGCAGCAAGUAAUUGUAAUUGUAAUUGUAAAAUGUUUCAGCGCAAAAUGCAAAGCUCUAAAGUAAUUUAAAAGUAAACUGCAAGCGAUUAUAUAACUAAUGUAAGUUGUUGUUGCGCGCUAAAUAACAAACAAAAAAAACAAAGGAACACAAACUGGAAAGGUCGCGCGUACACUUAAAGAAAUAUUAGCAAAACAAUGGUUUAUUAAGUAUUUAAAAGCAAAAGCAAAAGCAAAACACAAAAGUCUUUAAGUCUUUAAGUGGUAAAACUGUAAGUGGAAAGAUUGUAUGCAAAAAUGGUAAUUUAAAUUCAGUGUAAACAAUAAUACUAGAAAAAAUAGUGAAACAACAACAAAAUGAAUACUUAAACACCCACACAGACACACACUCACUCACACAUAUAUGUAUACACAAACAGUGUAAAGCAAAGGGCGCACAGUGGUGUCGCCGCGGAGAGAAAACAACAAAAAGCAAAACCAAAAAAAAAAAUAAACAAACAAAAAAACAACAAAACAAAACAAAAACAAAGUAACAUACAACAAUUUUUUUCUUUCGAAUUUUUUGUGUUCUUUUUUCGAAAUAUUUUGCAUAAAUAAUAAAAUAAAAAAACAAAAAACAAA